GCAACUCAGCCGACAGCUGGAUGAUUGUUCCCAAUAUCAAACAAAACCACUACACAGUGCACGGGUUACAGAGUGGCACUAAGUACAUCUUCAUUGUUAAGGCCAUUAAUCAGGCGGGCAGCAGGAGCAGUGAGCCCGGCAAGCUCAAGACAAACAGUCAGCCAUUUAAACUGGACCCCAAGUCUGCUCAUAGAAAAUUGAAAGUGUCUCAUGAUAACUUGACAGUGGAACGUGAUGAAACAUCCUCCAAGAAGAGCCACACACCGGAGCGAUUCACAAGCCAAGGGAGCUAUGGAGUAGCUGGCAAUGUGUUCAUUGACAGUGGGCGGCACUACUGGGAAGUGGUUAUAAGUGGGAGUACGUGGUAUGCCAUUGGUAUUUCUUACAAGUCAGCCCCAAAGCAUGAGUGGAUUGGGAAGAACUCUGCCUCCUGGGUGCUUUGCCGCUGCAAUAACACGUGGGUGGUGCGGCACAACAGCAAAGAAAUCCCCAUUGAGCCUGCGCCUCACCUCCGGCGGGUCGGGAUCUUGCUGGACUAUGACAACGGUUCCCUUGCUUUUUAUGAUGCUUUGAACUCCCUACACCUUUACACUUUUGACAUUACAUUUGGGCAGCCGGUGUGCCCCACGUUCACUGUGUGGAACAAGUGUUUGACCAUUAUAACUGGCUUGCCUAUCCCUGACCAUCUAGACUCUUCUGAGCAGCUCGCAUGACUGCUAAAAGUCAAAAGGUAGGACAAUGUGUCUUCCCAGGUUGGCCAGGCAGCUGCCCACAGGAGCUUGCCCAGAGCUGGUGGACCACACGACAUCCUGGCCAACACUGCCAAAUCUGGCCUGAACUGGAAAGGGGAGAAUUUCUCCUUACUGUGUACUUUGUAUGGAAGGACAAGAAGUGGCUUUAAUAAUGUCUUUGGACUUUCUUUUGCAGUUGUUUUUGGUUGGUUGGUUUUGUAUUUAGUCUCUUACAG